AUGAAGCUCACUGCCACCCUCAUCCUUGUCGCUUUUGCAGCCUUUGGAUUAGCCUCCGCAUCCCCCGUUCAGGCCCGCAGGGUCGUCAAAUUGGAAGUUCGUGCACCGGCAGACGAUAACCCACUGAAUGAUUUGUACAUGAUCAGUACUUCAAAAUCCCAGAGGACCGCCAAGUGCCUCAAUUUCUGUAAUUCAGGCAUCCCACCUGUGCAAAAUCUGGACGGCUUGACUUGGGGUCACGGCCCCACCUUCGGUUCCCAACCGAUUUCAAACUUCAAUACUUUCCAGUCCGGUUUCCAAAGUCUAGCUAUUGUCUCUCAGAACACCGCAUCAGUAUGGCAGAGUGGUAACAUUCAGUUCGGCCAAAUCCAGCAACAGCUCCAAGUGAUGGUGAUCAACUAUUACAGGAUGGUUUCCCAACUUCAAGGAGGAUGCUCUUUCUGCACGCUCGGUGGCCAAGAUUACGGGUUCCAAUUCCAAAAUACCAUCUCGCAAUUCUUCAUCCAAGUCCAAGGCAUGUUGAGCAUCAUCACGUCGCAAUUCCCUGGCGCUCUCGGCCAAUUGGGAUCCAUUUUCCAAAUCCUCAACGCAUGCAUCCAAGCUACCUUUGGUGUGGUAAAUACCCUUGGUAUCAGCAUUGGUAGUGUUAUUGGCAACCUCGAUCUCGGUGUCUUCCAAAACUGCGGCAUCAAUUUCAAUUCUUUCAUCAACUCCUCCCCAAUGAGCCUCUUCAACUCUGUGGGAAGCGUACAGGGAAUUGUUCAACAAACCACUCAAUCUAACUUUGGACAGGGCUUCGGACAGGGCUUUGGACAGGGCUUCGGACAGGACUUCGGAGGAGGCAGCGCCUUCUAAGUGACACUUGUCUGACAGCUGAUCUUCUUGCUAUCUUGUUCCUCAAUCACUUCCAAUAGAUUGCAACAUAUCCUGCUUUGAUCGCUUCCAUAAAGAUUUGCAAACUUUACUGUCGCCCCCCAACCAGUCAUUAUUAGCUUAUUCUUCUUGUGUCUUUGAAGUUUUGUUGUUUUCUAAAGGACACUCGUCCCACGCCUGCUUUUCUAUUUUG